AUGGUCGCUAUCAAGUCUCUUUUUGUUAUUCUCGCGCUUGGCGCAGAGGCCCUUGCUGUGUCCAUACCUACUUGCUCUACUAUCCUUGGCACUAAGACUGUGAAGAAUGUCCCUACUUCAACUACCACCGUCGCCAAGCAUAUCGCGAUAAUUCGCAAGGUCAUUCACAAGGUCAACGUAAUUGUUGUUCCAGCACCCAAGACCUCCACUGUCCGAAUUACAGAGACGGACACCGUUGUUACAACUACUGAUCAACAGACGGAUACAGCUUGGUCCACCGUGACCUCACCCGUCGGCGAAUUACCUCAGAGUGUUGGCAGCAUCAAAGAAAUCCCUUCUUAUACUACCAAGACUAUCAGCACGACAGUCCAGGGAGCACGCAGGACUCUUAAAGGUGCGACAAAGACCAAGGUGGUUACCUCAUCUACAACUUCUAUAUCGACGGAAUAUCCAGCCAACGCCAAAACCACUUCUACUACUACCGUUUAUCCUACGACAACAAUCGUCACUGAUGUUACGUCUACUUCUACUGUUGUUCAGACUGGUAAGCUCAAGCUCAAAAGCACUUAG